ACCACUCUUGGCUCCCGAAAAAAGAAGGAAGACGAAGAAGAAGAGGGGUUUUAUCUCCAGCUUCUAGGGUUUUAUCUAUUAAUUUCCACCUAAAUCAUGAGUCGUCAUCCUGAGCUGAAGUGGGCCCAGAGGGAGGACAAGGUCUUCCUUACUGUGCUUCUGCCCGAUGCCAAGGACGCCAAGGUUAAGCUUGAGCCUGAAGGUGUGUUCGUCUUCUCUGCUAGUGCUGGCGCAGAGAAUCAUCAGUAUGAGCUGAAACUCGACCUUUUCGACAAGGUUAAUGUAGAGGAAAGCAAAAUAAGUAUUGGAGUUAGGAGUAUUGUCUGUAUUGUGGAGAAGGCAGAGAAUGUUUGGUGGAGUAAGCUGCUGAAAGGAGCUGGGAAGACACCGCAUUAUGUUAAAGUGGAUUGGGACAAAUGGGUAGACGAAGAUGAGGAUCCUCCAGCAGCUGCUGAUGACAUGGGUAUGGGAGGCAUGGAUUUCUCGAAAUUUGGUGGCAUGGGAGGUGAUGAUCCAAUGGGCGGAAUGGGCGGUAUGGGUGGUAUGGGUGGAAUGGGCGGGAUGGAUUUCUCGAAACUUGCUGGCAUGGGAGGUGAAGGUGGAAUGGGUGGGAUGGAUUUCUCGAAAUUUGCUGGCAUGGGAGGUGAAGGUGAAAUGGGUGACUUUGAUGAUAGUGAUGAUGACCAAGAAGUGUCCAAGCCAGGAGAACCGGAUGCUGGCAAGAGUGAAGCUGCUUCCUCAGGAGAGAAGAAGGAAGCUACACCAAGCACAUGAUUUUCGUGUUGUUUCCGUUUUUUUUUUGGGUUUGGUCUACAUAACUGAUGCCUGCUUCAUGGUUGAAGCCAGUGGUUUUCCAGCAUUAGUUACUUCGUGUGUUUGAUCUAACUUGUGAAGCUAUUCUGCUAGAUCAUGCUUAUAGACCGACAGAUGCCUAUGUAUGUGAAUUAUGGAUUUAUCAAUA